AUGGAGCCUGAGGGCGACGCGCGGCAUCAGGGGCGGCAGGUGGAGGGCUCCGACGCCCAACCGGCGCCCGCGGUGUCGCUCCGGCCGCUGGGCCUGGAGGACGUCGACGCGUUCAUGUCGUGGGCGGCGGACGACCGCGUGAUGCGCCACCUGAAGCGUCCCCUGUGCGCGACCAGGGAGGAGGCGGUGGCGCAGAUCAGGGACACCGUGCUGGGCCACCCGUGGUUCCGCGCCAUCUGCGUCGAGGGAGGAGGCCCCGUGGGGCAGGUCAACGUGUGGCCCUACGCCGACGAGGGCGGCCACCGGGCCAACCUCGGCUACGCGCUGGCGCACGACCACUGGGGCCGCGGCAUCGCCACCGCCACCAUCAAGAUGGUGGUGGGGAGGGUGUUCGAGGAGCUGCCGGGGCUGGAGAGGCUGGAGGCGGUGACGGACGUCGGGAACGCGCGGUCGCAGAGGGCGCUGGAGAAGGCCGGGUUCCAGAGGGAAGGGGUGCUGCGCAGCUACAUCGUCCGCCGCGGCCCCGGCGGCGUCGACGCCAGGGACGCCGCGGUGUACAGCUUCCUGUCGUCCGACCGUCCACGGCUCGGGUGA